UGCCGAGACGAACUGGCCGCGCUUUAUUCGCGCCUCGGACUGCCUACCCGAUAGGAGUAAGCAGUCUCCGUUGGAGUGCAGCGAUUCUACUGCCCCGCGACGACGAGACGUGAGCAGGCGCGGACAGAUAGAUAGCGCCCGUCCAACAGAACGCAGCGGAAAAAGAAAAACGCGCGAUCCUGCUGUGAUCUAUCCGGACGAGCGACAUGACCCGGCUGGGAUUGCGAUUCGUCGCAUCCCUGGUGUUCCUGGUCGUGGUCGCCGAGGGGCGCGAAGUCCCUCAAAAAAAAUCAAGCAGGAUUGAACGCGGAGAUUUACCUGGGUACCCUGAGUAUGGCGAUACGUUUGGCGAGACGUACAGCGAAGAUGAAAAAAGUUUACGAUCUAAGCAGAACGAAGAACAUAGUAUUUCACCUUCGUUGAAUGCAUAUGGAUUAAAUUAUCCUGAUCCUCGUCACAAUCAAGCACGGUAUGAAUCCAGUUACGAACGGCGUGGCGGUGGUUCUAGCUAUGAAUCUAGUUACUAUGACUGGCACGGCGGUGGACGUAGCUAUGAAGCCGGUUUCAAUCAAAAAGGUGGGGCUAGGCAAGAUUCUUCUAGCAGAUAUAGAGAAAACGGUUAUCCAAGCAACUACAGAGUGUAUCCAGCUCCUGGUGUCGAUACCAAAGGUUGUAAUACCACUACCGGCUCUGGCUGUUGUUAUCCGAAGUGCUUUGCGGAGAAAGGCGUUAGAGGUCCACCGGGUUUAAUGGGGCCAGUUGGACCUAAAGGAGAACAAGGUUUUCCAGGUAUAGAAGGUUUUUUAGGACCGAAAGGAGAUAAGGGAGAUCCUGGCCCGCAAGGUCAACGCGGAGUCAAAGGUGAUCGAGGGCGAAUGGGUGUACCUGGUCACCCAGGACAAAAUGGAAUACCUGGAUCACUUGGAGCUGCUGGACCACCCGGUUUUCCUGGACGAGAUGGAUGUAACGGCACUGAUGGAACAGCUGGAACACCGGGUAGACCUGGAGAAAUUGGACCACGUGGCUUACCUGGUGUCCCGGGUUUCAAAGGAGACAAAGGAGAAGCAGGUCACUGUGGUAUGCUUCUCACUGGACAGAAGGGAGAACCCGGUAUCGACGGCGUGCAAGGAGCUCGAGGAACACCAGGUCCUCAAGGAUUCCCUGGCUCUUCUGGCCCAAAGGGUGAAAUUGGUCCAAUGGGUUUUCCAGGACCAGAAGGCACGAAAGGAGAAAAAGGUCAGAUGGGUCUAAGUUUCGAGGGCCCUAAGGGCGAUAAAGGUACUAAAGGAGAGCCGGGUCCACCUGGAGAAAGCAAUCCAUAUCCUUUUCAAACGUCGCCUAAUGAAGUAAUAGGCCCCAUCGGAUUGCCUGGUGAAAAGGGAGAAAAAGGAGAUAUGGGAUGGGUCGGACCAAAAGGAGAACCAGGAUUUAUUGGAGAUAAUGGUCGACCUGGUUUGAAUGGUAUGAAGGGAGAAAAAGGACUCCCUGGAGCACCGGGAAUUCGGGGUCGUGAUGGAUUUUCCGGACCUCCAGGACCUCCAGGUCAAAAAGGUGAUCGCGGUUACGAUGGAGCUGAUGGACUAAUGGGUCCUCAAGGAUUGAAAGGAGAGUCAGGAAGUGAUGGACUAGCAGGCUUACCUGGUCUUAGAGGUCCUCCAGGACCACCCGGGGGUGGUAAAGGUCAACCAGGACCCCCUGGUGAGAAAGGUCCCCGAGGAUAUCCCGGCCCAGUUGGUUUAAGAGGAGCUGAUGGUACUCCCGGACAACCAGGUCCAAGAGGUCCUAUAGGACAUCCAGGAGGUCCUGGAAUAGCAGGUCUUCCAGGAGCUGAAGGAUCGCCAGGCGAAAAAGGAGCGAAAGGAGACGCAGGUCUCGCCGGUUUUCCUGGAGAGCCUGGACCACAAGGAUUUAUUGGUCCUCUUGGCCCUCCAGGACCGAUAGGUCUUCCCGGCGAAAAAGGACUGUCGAUUGCUGGACCUCCAGGUAUUGAUGGAGCUCCCGGAAGAGACGGUGCUAAAGGUCAAAAAGGAGAGAAGGGUUAUGGGGGUCCACGUGGACGACCGGGUGAUUCAUUAGAAGGGAUUCCUGGAUCUCCUGGUGUCCCAGGUCUUCCGGGAGAUAUAGGUCCCCCCGGUAGAGAUGGUACUCCAGGUUGGCCUGGUCUUCCUGGAGAAAAAGGAGAAAUCGGAGGCAGGUGUACACAGUGUUUACCUGGAUUAAAAGGCGACAAAGGUGACCGAGGUCUCGAUGGCAAAGAUGGUUUGCCUGGUUCACGCGGACCCUCGGGAGAAAGAGGUUUCCCUGGAGAACCUGGUCUUGAUGGUCUUCCUGGUCCUACUGGUUUUCCUGGAUCACGAGGUACAGAUGGACUGCCUGGUUCUCCAGGUGCACCAGGAGAACCUGGUAAAGAUUGCAUCGUUCGUGAAAACCAGUUAAAAUUCGAGAAGGGUCAAAAGGGAGAAAGAGGAGACUUUGGUAGAGAAGGACCUAUGGGCCCAGAAGGUCCUAUGGGUGAGAAGGGUAGUCCAGGAAGUCUCGGAUUCCCUGGAACAAAAGGAGAUGCGGGUGAUCAAGGAUUUCCCGGGUCAGAUGGUACACCAGGAAGGCCAGGCAUUCCAGGAAGAAAAGGAGAAAUAGGCCUAAGCAUUAAGGGUGAUCAGGGAGAUAGAGGAUUAGAUGGUUAUCCUGGACAAAAGGGUGAACCUGGAUUCCCAGGAGAAAGAGGAUUACCAGGUACUUGUCCACCUCUUAGUAUCACAGAGGCUGUUAAAGGGCCUCAAGGAGAUCGCGGUCAAAAGGGAGAACCAGGUCUCGCUGGUUAUUAUGGAGAGAAAGGGGAUAGAGGUUUUCCUGGUGCAACUGGUUUACCUGGGCCGGCUGGUCCUAUAGGAGCACCUGGACCCGUAGGUCCUAGAGGUUUACCAGGUCCGCGUGGUGAUAAAGGAAACACUGGACCAAUGGGUUUUCCAGGCGAGCCAGGAUUAAUUGGACCAAGAGGAACUCCUGGUUUCAAUGGACCGAAAGGUCUUAAAGGAGAACCAGGAAUAUCUGUCAAAGGAAACCAAGGUUUACGUGGACCGCAAGGACCCAAAGGUGACAAAGGGUUGAUAGGACCGGUUGGAAAAGAAGGCCCGCCAGGAUAUGUUGGUUUAAGAGGAUUAGAUGGAGAGAAAGGUGACAGUGGUCCUCCUGGAAUAAACGGCUUACCUGGAGUGCCAGGAGCAAAGGGCGAUGCUGGACCAAUCGGCCCUCCAGGACCUCCUGGAAUCAUAGGCACUCCUGGAAUGGAUGGAUCGAAAGGUGAACUGGGAAUACCCGGAGAACCCGGACGAACUGGAUUACCUGGAAUGCCGGGUCUUAAAGGCGACAUUGGUGUUCCUGGUAUUGAUGGUUCUAAAGGAUUCCCUGGUCGUAGAGGUGUUCCAGGAGUUCAAGGACGACCUGGACUCGAUGGUGCACCUGGAGCACAAGGUCAGAAGGGUGAGAAGGGAUUAUUAGGAUUCCCUGGAAUGCCAGGUAUAGACGGAAAACCUGGACGGCCUGGUGAAGCUGGACCCAAAGGUGAUAUAGGAUCCCCGGGCGAACCAGGGCCAAUGGGUCUUAUAGGAAUGGCUGGUGAGAAAGGUGAUCACGGAGAUCAAGGUUUCACGGGACAAAAAGGUGAACCCGGUGAGGUAUCAGAAAAGGGUCAGAAAGGUGAGCCGGGAAUGCCAGGUAUAAGAGGACCUCAGGGAGCACCGGGACGAGAUGGUUUCGAUGGAGAGAAAGGCGCCCCUGGUUUACCUGGUUAUGGCCGCGAUGGACUACCUGGAGAAAAGGGUGAGCCAGGUUUGCCAGGAAGAGAUGGCAUUCCUGGACAGCCAGGAAUGAAAGGUGAUACAGGCUCGUACGGAUACCCAGGACAAAAGGGAGACACUGGUUUCCCUGGAGAGCCAGGAGAGCCAGGUCUGCCCGGAUUAGAUGGUAGAGACGGCGAGAUAGGAGAUAUUGGACCUGCGGGACCGGCUGGUUUCCCUGGUUUAGACGGUGAAAAAGGUGCUCCUGGAAGACCUGGUAUAGACGGGCCUAAGGGAGAUAUGGGUCCAGAAGGUCUGAUAGGAUUACCAGGUUAUGAAGGUGUCCCGGGAGAAAAAGGUGAUCGUGGUCUCCCUGGAUUAACCGUAAAUGUAAAAGGAGAGAAGGGUGAACCUGGGUUGCCAGGAUAUGCUGGACGUGAUGGUGAGAAGGGAGAUGUUGGAUUCCCAGGACCACCCGGAUUUAUUGGUGAAAAGGGUGAUAAGGGUGAUGCAGGAAAUGCAGGAUUUGCAGGACCUCCAGGUCUCCCCGGAGAAAAAGGUGAUCAAGGUUUGCCUGGUCCUAUGGGUCCAGUGGGUCUUACUGUAAAAGGAGAAAAGGGAUUACCUGGACUUCCGGGCAAACAUGGUCGAGAUGGUUAUCCGGGAAUAUCAGGAGAGAAAGGAGAACGCGGUUUACCUGGACUAACAGGAUUGAAAGGAGAUAUCGGUUUGCCUGGACCUCUUGGACCGCAAGGACCGAAAGGAGAUUCUGGUUUACCAGGCCCAACUGGAUCACCUGGACGAGAUGGAGUUUCGGGCAAUGAGGGUAUGCCAGGAUUACCUGGUGAAAGAGGAGAGAAAGGUGAUCAAGGUCCUCCUGGGCUCUUCGGAUCUCCUGGGCAGAAGGGAGAACCUGGUUUCCCAGGUCGUCAUGGAAUGGAUGGAAUGCAAGGAGAAAAGGGAGACAGGGGAAGAGACGGUCUCCCCGGAAUCCAAGGCUUGCCGGGUGAAAAGGGAGAUCGAGGUUUCACCGGUCCAGUUGGAAUUGAAGGAUCUGCUGGUUACGAUGGUGAAAAGGGUGACAAGGGAGACGCUUGCUUAGCCUUGCCGUCAGAGCGAGGAGAAAAGGGUGACCGUGGAUUACAAGGACCACCUGGACCACCUGGAUCACCUGGAUCUAAAGGAGAACAAGGAUUAGCAGGUUUCCCUGGUAUUGACGGACCAAAAGGAAUGCCAGGUUUUGCUGGUCCACCUGGAGCGCCAGGAUUGCGAGGAGCGUCAGGUCUUGAAGGACCUCCUGGACCUCCAGGACUUGAUGGACCACCAGGUUCGCCAGGUCUUAUCGGUGAACCUGGCUUGCCAUGCGAAACACAACCAGAUUACUUGACAGGCAUUUUACUUGUAAAACACAGUCAAAGUCAACAAGUGCCCUCAUGCGAUCGCGGUCACGUAAAACUGUGGGAAGGGUACAGUCUUCUAUAUACGGAUGGAGAUGAAAGAGCACAUUCUCAAGAUUUAGGUUAUGCUGGCUCCUGCGUAAGAAAGUUCUCGACUAUGCCUUUCCUAUUCUGCGACGUAAAUAGCGUUUGUCACUAUGCUAGCCGAAACGAUCGAUCUUAUUGGUUAUCGACAAACAGCCCUAUUCCAAUGAUGCCUGUGGAAGAACAUGCCAUUGAGGAAUAUAUUUCUAGGUGCGUGGUCUGUGAGGUUCCAGCAAGCGUAAUCGCUGUUCACAGUCAGUCACUAAGCAUUCCUGAUUGCCCUGACGGAUGGUCUGGCAUGUGGAUUGGAUAUAGUUUUGUAAUGCACACUGGAGCAGGCUCGCAAGGAGGUGGACAGUCGCUAUCUAGUCCGGGAUCUUGUCUGGAAGAUUUCCGAGCUACACCGUUCAUUGAGUGCAACGGUGCCAAAGGACACUGCCAUUACUAUGCGAACGAGUUCAGUUUCUGGAUGGCCACGAUCGAGGACCGCGAUCAAUUCCAGAAGCCUGAGAAGCAAACGCUUAAGGCAGGCAAUCUGCGCUCGCGCAUCAGUCGUUGUCAAGUUUGCUUAAAGAAUACGUAAAACGUUUUGAUUCUCGAAGAAACGCGCGCGCCAAUGAGAAUACCAGUCGAUCGAUGCACUUUAUUUGUGCAUUGCUGAUGACUUUAUAUAAAAUUACGCUAUAGAUUCAGUAGAGCGGUAACGCUCUACUGAACGUUACCGCUUUUUUAUUCUACAAAAUCUUUUUGAUAUUUUCUUUUCUUCCAAAGCAGAUUUACACUUGAACUAUUUUUAAACGAAUCAAGUUUAUUUCUUUACUUAUCAAUGUGUUUCUCGUUAGACUUUUUUUGUCUUUUUACUACUUUUGUAACUGCCCCCCAAAAUCUGCCUUAGCAUAUUACUUAGCAUGUAAAAUAAAAUCUAUAUAUAUAUAUUUGUAUAUUUAUAUUGUAUCACGUACAAGUCUAGUAAAUGAAAAAUUUUGAUUCUCGUUAUCGUACCAUGUACACUUCCGACAUCAAAUUAUAUUGUAUAUUUUUAUUGUAUGACAACAAUGUAAACGAAUGUUAACAUGGUAAUCUCGAGUGGAGCCAAAUAUUUAAAUAUAUAGGUAUUUUGCUACAUAGCCAAUGCCCGUUUAUUACCUUUAAUUUUAUACCUGUGAUCGAGACGUAUAACGAAUAACGAAUCCAAUUUUCCUAUUAAUAAUUUGACUCUUAUUUUAAAUAUUGUGCGCCUCGAACACAUGUUUUUAAGUAAUAAUUCAAGAAAAAUAGAUUUAUUUGAAAUUAUUAAUAAAUGUUUGCAUGAUUAAUCAUACUGUUAUUGUUCAAGUUACUAUACGAUUAUUUGAUAAAUCGUAGUAUGUUUUUAUUUUAUGCUACUAUUAUUGUCGAAUUUAUAUAACUACUUUUAUAGACAUUAAAUUUUUUAAGUUUAAAUGGAUUAUUUUUUGAAUGUGUCGCCAAGUAAGUUUAUACGUCAUGUUAUCUAUAAGAGUAGAUAAAAAAAUGUUUUAGAUAUUAUAUAAAGAAAAUUUAACUAUUCCUUUAUAAACAUUUUGUAUAUGCAUAAGAAAUUCUAAUCAACAACCUCAAACUUAAAACAAGCAAUCUAAACCAAAGUCAAUAUUGUUAGUCAGACACUGAACUCAUUUUAAUGUUCAACAACACAGUUUUUUAUGUGUUUACUAUAGUUACUACGAGAACCGGAUAAGAGUUUGAAAAAAUCAUGAAGUUAAAAAAUAAUUAACUUUCAGAAUAUCAUUGCUUAGAACGAUUUCAAUUAACAUGAUCAUGCUAAAUAUUUUGUUGAUUACGUAGUCAUUAAUGCAUUAGUUUUUAGUGAAAAUUACAAAGUUAAUUAGAACAACUCUAAAACAAUUUUGCAGAUUUAUUUUUCUGAUAAUUACUUAUGUUAUAAUAUAUAGAAAUUUGUAAAUUAAAUUCUAGGAAAUAAUAA